CGCAUUUACAAACAUUUGUUGAUGAUCAUUUAUAUGCCUAUAAUUAGCGUACAGUAGGCUAUUAGUGGGAAUAUAAUUAGAACUUUUAGAAAAACGUGCAUUGAUGGAGAGGUAGACUACUAGACAAUACACGUUGUUCCUCAUUUAUUGGGGGUGACGUCCUCAUUCGUGACUGUGAAAUUCGUGGUUCUAAAAGCGCGCAACUCACUGUCCACUUCUGUUCCCGAGUGGACUGGCGUGUGGAUUGGCGUGUGAAAUGAGUUGUAGCCCAUUGGGUGUUCCUGAAAGGUGCGACAGACAGUAGGCCUACAGAAACCUUAUUACGAACAAUUUGUCCAGGCGUGUACCACGCGCCCAUGGCUCCAGACAAUGCAAUUUUCGCGUUACUUUUAAGAAAUAUUUUUUUAUGACAUUCUAAGCAACUAUAACACAGAACUGUUACAAGGGCGCUGGCAGAUUUUCUCACGCGCUAUUGAGCAGAUGUAUGGUCUUAGUGUGUAUUGAGAAGAACAAAAGAUAUGAAAUUUCCACUGGAAAACCCUAGAAAACAAGUAAAAUUGGACCCGGAUCAACAAGUGGGGGUCCAGACCAACUUGGCCCCUCCCAAGAAGGUCCAAUCAGAGAUGAUCCAGUCUAGCCUUGUCCAGGCCAGUGUGGCGGCCAUGCAGAACCCCAUGGGCUGUAAUUCCAAGGGGGCCAAAGGCCACUGCCCCUUACCCCGGCUCUCCGUCUCCUCCCGCUCCGCCAGCGUGGUGGCCAGCAUGGACACAACCGGCGACCUCUCGGCCCUCCACUCUGUGAUGAAGUGGAAGACGGUGGUGGUGGUUUUUGUGGUGGUUGUAGCCUUCUUGGUGGGGGGCGGCCUGGCCUUCCGCGCCCUGGAGCAGCCCUUCGAGAGCAACCAGAAGGACAGCAUCACCCUAGAAAAAACUUUGUUCCUGCGGAGGCACCCAUGUGUCACGCCUGCUGAGCUGGAAGCACUGAUCAAGCAUGCCAUAGAUGCUGUCAGUGCAGGAGUCAGUCCGAUCGGAGACACAUCUUACAACUCCAGUCACUGGGACCUGGGAAGUGCCUUCUUCUUUGCGGGGACCGUGAUUACAACGAUAGGUUACGGGAACAUAGCUCCCAGUACGGAGGGAGGGAAGAUCUUCUGCAUCCUGUACGCCUUAUUUGGCAUCCCACUGUUUGGGUUCCUCCUGGCUGGCAUCGGAGACCAGCUGGGGACCAUAUUUGUCAAGAGCGUCUUGAGGGUGGAGAAGAUAUACAGGCAAAAACAGAAACAAAUAAGCCAGACCAAAAUCAGAGUUACUUCCACCAUACUCUUCAUCCUGGCCGGGUGCAUAGUCUUCGUCGGUGUCCCAGCGGUGAUUUUCAAACAUUUCGAGGGAUGGACGACUCUGGAUGCUAUCUACUUUGUUGUCAUCACGCUAACAACGAUUGGUAUCGGGGACUAUGUGGCAGGUGGGGAUCGGAAGAUCAAGUACAUGAAGUGGUACAAGCCCCUGGUCUGGUUCUGGAUCCUGGUGGGUUUGGCCUACUUCGCUGCGAUCCUGAGCAUGAUCGGAGACUGGCUCAGAGUGCUGUCUAAAAAGACCAAAGAGGAGGUGGGGGAGUUCAAGGUCCAUGCUGCUGAGUGGAAGGCCAAUGUGCAGAAUGAGUUCCGGGAGACGCGUCGGCGGCUGAGUGUGGAGAUCCACGAUAAGUUGCAGCGGGCCGCCACCAUCCGCAGCAUGGAGCGCAGGCAGCUGGGCCUGGAGCAGAGGACCCACUCGCUGGACAUGUUCUCCCCACAGAAGAGGGCCUUGUUUGUCAGCCUGGACCAGGGCUGCUUCAAGACCUCCUCCCAGGAGAGCAUUGACACCAAGCUGAAUAACUUGAGGUUGCGAGGGGCAGGGGAGCUUUGUUAUGAGCAGCGGAGAGGCAGCGAGCAGACACAGCAGGCCUCAUCAAAGGACGAUAAGCUCUUCAACCUCCGCUUCCGCUCCCUCACCAAGCUAACCAAGAGACCCAAGAACCGUGACCUGAAGAGUAACAUUCCUGAUGAUGUGCGGAGGACCUGCGAGGCAAUGGAGAAGAGGGAGGAGGACAUGGAGGAGGUGAAGGAGGAGGAAAGGGGCAAGAGGAAGAAGGGCAACACCAGCGUUACAAAUUUAGAAUACACAGACGAGCGCAUGAAUAAAUUGAACGGUUUUGUACUGGCUCAGGCCAAAGAGAGGGAGAACGCUAGAAUGUUGGAAGGAAUAGAGCUUGAGUCCCAGCUAGAGUGUGCAGAUACCGAGACUGAGUGAGAGAGAAUACUACUUUUUUUAUGUCUCAAAAUGUGCCUUGCUGUUGUUUCUACGUUAAGACUGUUCUGAGUAAAUCGGACUGUUCUGUUCAAAAUCAGUCAUUGUGCUCUAGCAAUGUAAAGACUAAUGUUGCCUAAAAGUGGAGAGAAAAGAAACCAAAGCUAGGGUCUAAUUUGGUGAAGACCUAUUUUCUCUUGGAUAGUACUGGACCUACCAGAAUCUCCUUUCCUUUUUAAAGAACACCCACUUGCUACCCAGCCCCACCCCACCCCCCAACAAUAUCCAACAAAAAAGACGCAACGUGGGAUAUAUCUUCUCCUUGUUAACUAAAGGUUAGUAAGUAACCCAGUGAACUAGUGUUUCACCAUCCCAAUUAAAUUUGUACCAACUAUAUAAAUCUUUACUUAUUAUUAUUCAUUUCACACCAGAUAUUUUUAGCCCAGGCUGCUGAAUUUGGUGUUCUAAAGCUGUCAAUAUAAAGUAUAGAAACUUUAAAGUUCAACUUUAAAGUUCAGGGCCAGUUGUCCUGUUGUAAUUUCAAACAAAUGAAAUGUACUGCAUUAACAUUUAGUACUUUUGAAGUGGAACAUCUAGAAAUUUAAGGGAUUUUAAGGGCUGGGGUUUAAAAACAAUUCAAUUAAAAAAUAUAUAUACUUAUGAGGUUUUGAGGGCCAUUAAACCCAAUUCAUUUCUGUACAUCAUAAGAAUGAUUUGUUAGUAUGACAUUUUGUUACUUUGUUCUUUGCUUGAAGAUGAUUUAAUUAUGAAUUAUUUUACACAGCAUACAGUAUGUAUGUGUGUACUGUAGUUUCCUGCAGUUUAAUGUUUUCUUUCACAGUAAAUGGAAUAUGACUUUUCUUGUCCACACCAUGUGCUGUGCACUGUAUGUGUUGGUGUUUUCCCCUCACACAGUCAGACGAUGCAUUGCAUUCACCCAGACCAGGGAAGGAACUUACCCUAUAGCUGUAUUCACUUCGCAGAUCAAUGUUUUUGGUCUUCUGCUAUGUCUUUGUCUCAUUGAUGUACUUCCUGAGGUUUUACUCAAUGAAAUGUUUGUCAAUUUGUUCCAAUUUGCUAUUUAUAUUAUUUGUUCAUUUUUAUUUUGUCCUAUUACGGAAUAGAGGUCUCGUAAUCAGAAACACUUUUUGAAUGGUGGCUAUACAAACUUUACUCUGUCAAAUACAAUUACAGAAUGUUUUCUGGUAUGAAUGAGGUAGCCUCCCCACUGAAAUUCGGAUUAAAGCACAUUUUUCUAAUUCAUGAUGUAACAAAUUAUUAUUGGAUUUUUAGUAUUUGGAACAUUGAAUUCUGUCUUUGGUCCCUGUGGUCUUCUGCAUAGUCAAAGAAGCUGUUUCUGUAGCGACUUAGGCUCACUCGUCAUAUCAAAACCACAACCAACAAUACUGGAUAGAUUGCACAGCAUGUAGUUCUGAUAAUGAAUAGCUACUUGUUUGUAACCUCUAAAAAAAUGGCUUACCAUGACAAUGACCUUUCUAAGAACCCGAGUGGAUUGUCUUUGCUCAGUCUUUUUUGUUGAUCACAAUUUAUUUGUGCAAACAUUGCAUCACAUGUAGUGAGUACCUUUCUGGGAAUAAAUAUCACUAAAGAAAAUUAAGCUACUUUUGUGAAAUAGUUUCUUAUCAAGUGUAUCAUCUGUGACUUCAUUCCCAUGUGUCUCUUAAAGUCCACAACCACCAUUAUUUCCAAAACUGUGAUUAACAUAAUUUGAUUUCUGAUUAAGGAAAUUAUGAGAUUUGACUUCCAGAACACUUUCACUUAUAGCUAGCUUUGCUUUCCGGUCACAUUGUUGACCUUAGGUGAACUGUAAGUAAAUCCAGGACAAAUUGUGAUGCCUAUAUGAUCAUAGUCAGUGGCGACUUGUCAUUCAGGGCAGGUGGU